GCUGCGCAAGGCUGGUUGUUGUUCCCGCAGAGAGGCGAGAAGAUGGCGGCCGUGUCAAGCGGAGGUGCAGCUGGGUCCGCUGCGGCCGGGAUUACGCACUCUACCCGACCGGCCCACGCAGGCAUGGGCGCCCAGAACCGAGCACAGCCAUCCUCUGGGAUCAGCCACUCCAAUCGACCGGCCGCGGGGUGCAUCACCAACCCCGGCCACCCCUCGUCCGGCAGGCCCCCCCUAGCCCGAGUGGGCUACUACGAAAUCGAGCGGACCAUCGGCAAGGGAAAUUUCGCCGUUGUUAAAUUAGCAACACACAUCAUCACCAAAGCAAAGGUGGCCAUCAAAAUAGUGGACAAGACCCAGCUGGACGAUGAAAACCUGAAGAAGAUCUUCAGGGAGGUGCAGAUCAUGAAGAUGCUAAGGCACCCCCACAUCAUUCGUCUCUACCAGGUGAUGGAGAAUGAGAAGAUGAUCUACCUAGUAACAGAGUAUGCCAGUGGUGGGGAGAUUUUCGACCACCUGGUGGCCCACGGCAGGAUGGCGGAGAAGGACGCUCGGCGGAAGUUCAAGCAGAUCGUGGCGGCCGUCCACUUUUGCCACUGCCGCAACAUCGUCCACCGAGACCUGAAGGCCGAAAACCUGCUCCUGGACCACAACCUCAACAUCAAGAUUGCAGAUUUUGGCUUCAGUAACCUGUUCUCCCGAGGCCAGCUGCUAAAGACCUGGUGUGGAAGUCCUCCCUAUGCAGCCCCAGAGCUCUUCGAAGGGAAGGAGUACGACGGACCCAAAGUGGAUAUCUGGAGUUUGGGUGUGGUGCUGUAUGUUCUGGUGUGCGGUGCCUUGCCUUUUGACGGCAGCACCCUUCAGAACCUGAGGGCCCGGGUGCUGAGUGGGAAGUUCCGCAUCCCCUUCUUCAUGUCCACAGACUGUGAGUACCUGAUCCGACACAUGCUGGUGCUGGAGCCCAGUAGACGCCUCUCCAUGGAGCAGAUCUGUAAGAACAAGUGGAUGAAGCAGGGAGACCCCGACCCAGAGUUUGAGAGGUUGAUCGUGGAAUGUGAGCAGGUGAAGUCUGAGCGGGAGACAGAGCUCAUUAACGAGCAGGUGCUGAUGGCCAUGUCUGAGAUGGGACUGGACCGCGAGCGUACGCUCCAGUCUCUGCACACUGAUGCGUACGAUCACUACAGCGCCAUCUACAGCCUGCUCUCUGACCGCCUGAAGAAACACAAGACCCUGCGCAUGGCCCCGCCAACGCCCCGCCCCAUUGUCUACCCUCUCAACGCUGUACAGACGGAUCAGCAGGGUAAUCCUGUUAGCAUGAAUGUCCCACACGUCCAGCUGAUCAACCCAGAGAACCAGAUCGUUGAGCCAGACGGAAACAUGGCCCUGGACAGUGAUGACGCGGAGGAGCCGUCUCCAGAGGCCAUGGCUCGCUACCUGUCCAUGAGGCGUCACACUGUGGGCGUCCCAGACCCCAGGACUGAGAUGCAGGAGGAUCUGCAGAAGCUGCCCCCUGGGUUCCCCCGUGUGGCCCCGCAGCCCCCCUUCCCCAUGCCCCCCACCAUGGGCCACAUGCACACACUGAUGCCCAUCCAGAACCCACACCUGCAGCCCACACAGCAGCUGGAAUACAAGGAGCAGUCCCUGCUGCAGCCCCCCACCCUGCAGCUGCUGAAUGGCAUGGGACCCCUGGGCCGUAGGGCCUCGGACGGCGGGGCCAACAUCCAGCUGCACGCCCAGCUACUGAAGAGGCCACGUGGACAGUCCCCUCUGGUUGCCAACCCUCACCCAAUCCCGGCUGUGGCUCCGGUGGAUGAGGAGGGUUCUGACGGGGAACCCGACCAAGAGGCGGUGCAGAGGUACUUGGCGAACCGCUCCAAGCGGCACACGACGCACGCGCUCAUGAGCACAGCGCACGGCGCUGAGCCACUGGCAGACUCGCAGAGGCCCCAGGGCUCCCGGCAGAGGGGGUGGGUCCCGGAGCAGCACUGCCGGUCCAGCUACAAGGACUGUAACACCCUGCACUUGCCCAUGGAGCGUUUCUCCCCCGUGAGGCGCUUCUCCGAUGGGGCGACCACAAUCCAGGCCUUUAAGGCCCACCUGGAGAACAGCAGCCUCAUCAGGCAGCUCAAACAGGAGUGUGAGCAGCUGCAGAAGAUGUACGCUUGCCCCCAGGACGAGAGGCUGCUUGAGCACACACAACAACAGCAUUUCCUGUACCAGCAGGAGCAGCAGAUUCUACACCAGCAGAUACAGGCCCUGUCUUUGGGACACGGAGAGUGCCAGCCCAGUCACCUUACCCACCAGCUCCAGAGGUUGCGUAUCCAGCCCUCCAGUCCACCGCCUACACAUGCCAGCAACCACUUGUUCAGACAGCCCAAUCAGAGUCCCCCUCCAACAGCGAUGAUGCAGGGCCAUGGUGUGCCAUCAGCGGUUCAGUACCAGCACGGCCCCGCCCUCUAUCAGCCCUCCAGCGGGAGUCCUCCCCCUUGCGGCCUGCGCCCCGUCACCCUGCCUCCGCAGCAGCAGCCCUGCUCCUCCUCCUGUGGCGGGGGUGUACCCAUGCCCCAGCAGCAGCCCUGCUCCUCCUCCCGUGGGGGGGGCGUCCCCAUGCCCCAGCAGCAAGUGACUAUCCAGGUGCAGGAAGUGGAGCUGGGAGGGGGCGGGGCCCAACAGCGCCAGCAGCAUGCCUUCCUUUCCACUCCGUGCGCCCACCGGGUCCUGGGGAAGCAGCUGAGUGCAGACAACGCCGAGACCCACAGUCGCAGCCUCGGACGGUUCAACACAUACGACCAGGCCGCCUUCAACAACCCCCAUCUGUUCAGUGAGGGAUCUCGGGCCUCGGGGGUGGUGGGUGGCUACAACCCCUACCUCCAGGGGACCUCCCUUAAGGUGCCAGGCAUGGAGGCCUACCAGGGUGCGGUGGUCGGUGGGGCCGGAGGCGGGGGCUACGGGAGCCCCUCUGCCCUGCAGCAGGCUCUCCUAUCCCCCACCCUGGAGUACCGGCCCCAGCAGCACGUCACCCCCACCCUACAGGGUCUCCUCCCCCGCCACUCCCUGACGGGCCACGCCGACCCCCGCCUGCCCCCCCAGGACCUGGCCUCCUUACUGAAGAGGCAGAGCCCUCGACCGGCACCCCCCACGCCCCCCAAUGUGCCCCAGGACUACGGGGAGAUGCUGCUGCGCCAGCUCGGCCAAGGGGAGUCUCUGGAGCCGGGGAGCCCCUACCAACACCUCCUCCAGAUCAUGCCCCUAGACGUCCAGCCCCCCAGCCUACCCCACUCUGAGAGCAUGGAGGAGGAUGACCUGCCGCCCGGCUACCAUGAGGGCCUCCUGGCCAAGGCCCAAGGCUGUGGGGAUGGCCAUGACCUACUGGGCCCCCCCCGGGGAGGGACGCCCCCCUACAACUCCCCCACACACAGACACUGCUACAUCAGAAGCACCACCACGACCAGAGACAAUGAGCAUGUUGACUGCAGGACCCAGGGGCAGCAGGUUAUGGAGCAGGGCGUGCCUGACCAUAAUGGAGUGGGCUACUCCACCAGGGUCCCCCAGGGGGACGGCUAUCGGCCCCGGGGCCAGCUACAGCGCCACCACACCAUCCAGACCAGCGACGACGCCUAUGACCAGGCCGAGCCCAUGACUGGGAUGAGCCUAUUGGCUGGCAAGGCUCUGAGCUCCGCCCGCAUGUCUGACAUCCUCAACCAAUCACCUCUGACAGGAAGCCAGCAGCUCCACCAGCGGGAAGAGUCGGUAUGUGACGUGGAGGGAGAGCUCCACGCUGGAGCCUGCUACCCGUCGUCCUGCACCAGCAACAUCCUUCACAGCUACAAACCCCCAGACCUGCAGUACAGCAUGGAGCAAGCUGGGGUCUAACACAGGAGCGUGUCCUGUGUAUAAAGGUCCACAUCAGCCACCUGUGUUGAGCAGCAUCACGCCAAACCGCCAUUGUCUGUCUGGAGGGGGCACUCUCUGUCAGUCCUGGGGGAGGGCAGGCUGCAGUCCAGGGUGGGUGGGCGGGGAUUGGCUGGGUGAGGGGAGUGGGUCCAAUGCCAGCAUUCUGUUCUGCACAGCCAUCUAGCAAGCAUUGCCAUCAUUGGCUCUCUCCAUUUCUGCUCUUCCACCCGAUUGGAUAGAUUGGGCUCUGCCACCCCCAUUCACUUCUUCCUUCCUACCCCUUGUGGUCCCCCUCCCCCAACUGUUGCCAUAGCAACAUACUCAUGCGCCUCAAUGUCCCAGGCAGUCAUACAGGCAAAAUAUAUAGAUCACAUAAACAUACACGUGCAAACACUCAGCCACAAACCCAAAGUAUUCACACCAAGUCUGUGCGUGGGGAUUCCUGUGAGGUUCUGUCCGCUCCUCCCUCUCCCCUCCGCUGUAUUCCGGUGGACCAUUCCGGAGCGGACUGUGAUCUCAGAUCCUAUGAGGCUCUCUCUCAGAAUGACCCAUUACGUUGGGCUUGCGGGGAUGGGUUUGGUUCAGGCUCAGGGGUGCUAAAAAAACAAACAAUGGAGCUCAGUGACAUCGAGGAUUGCACAGCACAACCAGCUCUCAUUUUUACAUUUUAUUUUCCUGUUCUGUCAUUCUUUAUCUUAAUUGUUUUUAAAAUUAAUUUUUACGGCUAAUGUUCAUCUAAAAGUUAUGAUCAUUAUUGUUACUAUUAUUGUUAUUACUGUUUACUGUAAAAUAAGUUUUUAUUGUUAUUAUGAUUAUAAUGACCAUUAUUAUUAAAGGAAAAAAAAUGUUCUGUGUUGCAAGGAGGACAACAUUUUAGUUUUGAUUACUUAUGUAAUUCUGCACUUUCAGUUCAAUGCUAUCUUUUAUUCUUCUCCCUGUUUACCCUCUCAUACUGCCUGUUCCUUUUCUCACUCCCUUGUUCUCUCAUGUUUUAUGCCCUUCUUUCCCCCCCACCGCUGUUCUUCAUUCCAUCCUUCCUCCCUCUUUUUCCACUCCCCAUCGCUCCCCUGCCCCCUCUUGUGACUGUGGCAUUGUGGGUAGUUUUAACUGACAUUCUUCCCCUUCCUCCUCUGUACAGCGACACCAUGUAUAGAUUGCAAUUUCUGUAUCAUAUUUUUGGGGGGAGGUGUUGGGGAGGCAUUUUUAUAUUGUUAUUAUUUUGUAUUUUUUGAUGUCUUCAGAUGUCAUAUUUCUUUUAUUUUUUUAAUUUGGGGGGGAAUAUUGAGAUUUUUAGCCAAAAGAGUACAGGGAGAAGUCUCCUUCAUUGUCAUAAAAAAAUAUUGUUCUUAUUGUUUUAUUAUUGAGACACUUGAAGAGGAGAGUGAUUAUUUGUGUUACUUUUUAUCAUUUCAAUCAUUGAUGCAGUUGCCAUUGUUAUCGUUCUCUGCUUUUUGGGGGUAGAUUUUGCAGGCAAGGGGUUGUAGGGUGGUUCGGUGCUGGGAGUGCAGUAAAUGAAAUGGAGGGGAACUGUAAUAUACAGUCCUUUGCGAAAGUAUUCGGCCCCCUUGAACUUUGCGACCUUUUGCCACAUUUCAGGCUUCAAACAUAAAGAUAUAAAACUGUAUUUUUUUUGUGAAGAAUCAACAACAAGUGGGACACAAUCAUGAAGUGGAACGACAUUUAUUGGAUAUUUCAAACUUUUUUAACAAAUCAAAAACGGAAAAAUUGGGCGUGCAAAAUUAUUCAGCCCCCUUAAGUUAAUACUUUGUAGCGCCACCUUUUGCUGCAAUUACAGCUGUAAGUCGCGUGGGGUAUGUCUCUAUCAGUUUUGCACAUCGAGAGACUGAAUUUUUUCCCAUUCCUCCUUGCAAAACAGCUCGAGCUCUGAGGUUGGAUGGAGAGCAUUUGUGAACAGCAGUUUUCAGUUCUUUCCACAGAUUCUCGAUUGGAUUCAGGUCUGGACUUUGACUUGGCCAUUCUAAAACCUGGAUAUGUUUAUUUUUGAACCAUUCCAUUGUAGAUUUUGCUUUAUGUUUUGGAUCAUUGUCUUGUUGGAAGACAAAAUCUCCGUCCCAGUCUCAGGUCUUUUGCAGACUCCAUCAGGUUUUCUUCCAGAAUGGUCCUGUAUUUGGCUCCAUCCAUCUUCCCAUCAAUUUUAACCAUCUUCCCUGUCCCUGCUGAAGAAAAGCAGGCCCAAACCAUGAUGCUGCCACCACCAUGUUUAACAGUGGGGAUGGUGUGUUCAGAGUGAUGAGCUGUGUUGCUUUUACGCCAAACAUAACGUUUUGCAUUGUUGCCAAAAAGUUCAAUUUUGGUUUCAUCUGACCAGAGCACCUUCUUCCACAUGUUUGUGUAUCCCAGGUGGCUUGUGGCAAACUUUAAAUGACACUUUUUAUGGAUAUCUUUAAGAAAUGGCUUUCUUCUUGCCACACUUCUAUAAAGGCCAGAUUUGUGCAAUAUACGACUGAUUGUUGUCCUAUGGACAGGGUCUCCCACCUCAGCUGUAGAUCUCUGCAGUUCAUCCAGAGUGAUCAUGGGCCUCUUGGCUGCAUCUCUGAUCAGUCUUCUCCUUGUAUGAGCUGAAAGUUUAGAGGGACGGCCAGGUCUUGGUAGAUUUGCAGUGGUCUGAUACUCCUUCCAUUUCAAUAUUAUCGCUUGCACAGUGCUCCUUGGGAUGUUUAAAGCUUGGGAAAUCUUUUUGUAACCAAAUCCUGCUUUAAACUUCUUCACAACAGUAUCUCGGACCUGCCUGGUGUGUUCCUUGUUCUUCAUGAUGCUCUCUGCGCUUUUAACGGACCUCUGAGACUAUCACAGUGCAGGUGCAUUUAUACGGAGACUUGAUUACACACAGGUGGAUUGUAUUUAUCAUCAUUAGUCAUUUAGGUCAACAUUGGAUCAUUCAGAGAUCCUCACUGAACUUCUGGAGAGAGUUUGCUGCACUGAAAGUAAAGGGGCUGAAUAAUUUUGCACGCCCAAUUUUUCAGUUUUUGAUUUGUUAAAAGUUUGAAAUAUCCAAUAAAUGUUGUUCCACUUCAUGAUUGUGUCCCACUUGUUGAUUCUUCACAAAAAAAUACAGUUUUAUAUCUUUGUUUGAAGCCUGAAAUGUGGCAAAAGGUUGCAAAGUUCAAGGGGGCCGAAUACUUUCGCAAGGCACUGUAGCUGACAUAUCAUCCCCAUCAUCAUCAUAAGACAUUUAGAGGUGGAGAGAGAAAGAACCCAUCUCUCCUCACUCCCCCAAUCUGCAGUGGUACCCUCCGUCUCCGACCUCAUCGCCCCCCUUAUUGGCCGGCACACAAUGGACAUUGCUUCUCCUCCCGACUCUGGCCCCGCUACGGCCAAAUCUCCAGGAGGAGACUACUACUCUGCACAUAUGCUGCCUCCCUUUUCUAUCUCUUUCUCGCUCUCAGUCCCUCCCUUUGUCACAUGAUCAGCAAGGGAGACCUACUCCAGCCCCAAUACUGGAUUCAGUCCUCCAAUGCUUCAGAAGGAGAGAAAUGAGGAACUGACCAUAAGCUGAGCGGUCUCGAGUUUUGACCCCAACGCAGUAUGUACAGCUCAGAUAGUGAGCGCAGGGUUUGGGAGAAUGAUCCGCCCACCUAUCCUCCCCCUUGUCCGCAAGGACUCCCAGUGCAUCAUGGUCCAGCGAGGGACUGUGUGUGUGUUGCUGAUGAGGGACCACCUCCUCGUUUUCUUCUUCCUUAUCUGUUUCUGUCUGACUUCCCCCUCAUCGUCUGUAAACCACCUCUCUGCUCGGCACCUGUAUCCUAUGUUCUCUUUUUCUAUCCUUUCAUUUUUUACAUUUUUUUUUUUAGUACAAAAAUACUAAAGUGCAACAAUGAUUAAAUAGAAUUCCAACCAAACUGAGAUGAAUUAAAUAAAUAUAUAUAAAUAAAUAAUUUAAAAAGACAA